AUCAAGGCGUGCCUUGCGCUUGGAAGAAAGAGAGUGAAGAGAGAGAAUAGUAAGUCUAGCACUCUCACACCAACGCACAGCGAAUGCGAGAGAGUUUGGUAAGAGUGGUUUAUGGCGAUUUGAUCGAAGGAGGUAGCGCAUUAAAAGCCACCGUUUGGAAUUUUAAGCCAAUUUCAUCUAUAUACUAUAUUGGAUUUCCUCAGCCUGAGAUUCAGACACAUCACAACCAUUUACUGAAACGUCGUUCCGAAUCGCCGGUUAACGCCGUUUCGGGUGUUUCUUACUUAUUACAGUUAUAUAAAACGGGUUAGCUGUUCCCUGUGCUCAAUAGGGGUUUCUUCUCUUCUCUCUGGGUUUCUCAAAGCUAGCAACAUAUUGUUCCACCUCAAAACUGCAAAAAUGGAGUGCCCAACCUGUACGGACGAGUACGAGAAGCUCGUAAUUCGCAUGAGCACCCCAAGGGUUGUCAUCGACAAUGCCGUUUGCUCCACUGCGACUAUAGUCAAGGUUGAUAGCGCCAGAAAGCAUGGGAUUCUUUUGGAUGCCGUACAAGUGCUUACUGAUCUGAACCUUUUAAUUAAGAAGGCUUACAUUUCCUCUGAUGGAAGAUGGUUCAUGGAUGUUUUCCAUGUUACGGAUGAAAACGGAAACAAGCUAACAGAUGAGAGCGUGUUAAGUUAUAUUGAACAGUCGCUUGGCAGCAUUCACAACUGUAGAACCAGUGACUCAAACGGCUUCACUACCCUUGAAUUAACCGGCACAGACCGUGUUGGUCUUCUUUCUGAGGUGUUUGCUGUACUAUCCGAGCUGCAAUGUGAUGUGGUGGAGGCCAAGGUUUGGACUCACAAUGGCCGAACUGCCUCCUUAAUCUAUGUAAAAGACUGCAAUUCUGGGACCCCUAUUGAAGAUUCUCAGAAAAUUAAUAUAAUUGAAGCACGUUUAAGAAAUGUUUUAAAGGGAGACAAUGACAUUAGGAGUGCAAAAACUUCCGUAACUAAUGCUGUUGUGCACACCGAAAGAAGGCUCCACCAAAUGAUGUUCACUGACCGUGAUUACCAGAGGAAUCCCAUUUUCAAGUUUGCUUCUGAUACCCCAUUAGUCACCGUCCAAAAUUGGGCAGAAAGGGGUUAUUCGGUUGUUAAUGUUCAGUGCAAGGAUCGAAUCAAGCUUUUGUUCGAUGUUGUGUGCAAUUUGACAGACAUGGAAUAUGUUGUGUUCCAUGCUACUAUUAACACAACAAUCGACCAAGCGUACCUGGAGUUUUACAUAAGACACAAGGAUGGCUCUCCAAUUAGUUCAGAGCCAGAGCGUCAACGUGUGAUUCAAUGCUUGCAAGCUGCAGUGGUGAGAAGGGCAUAUGAGGGCGUCAGGCUAGAGUUAUACACAAAGGACAGGCAGGGACUUUUAGCUGAGGUGAUGAGAACGUUCCGAGAGAAUGGGCUAAAUGUAACAAGGGCCGAGAUAUCUACCAUUGGGGACAUGGCUUCCAACGUUUUCUAUGUAACGGAUGCGAUUGGAUACCCUGCUGAUCCAAAAAUCAUUGAAUCUGUCAGGCAGAAAAUUGGGUUAAGCCAUUUAAUUGUGAAGGAGUUGCCAUUUGUAUGUCAUCAGAAGGCAGAGGGGGAAGAUCAGUCAGUUGGAGUUGGUGGGGCAGUGUUGUUGUGUCUUGGGAGCCUCGUGAGAAAGAAUCUGUACAAUUUGGGUUUAAUCAAAUCUUGUUCUUAAAGCAGAAAAGGGCGGGGAUCGAGAGAGAUGGAAUUUAGGAUUGUGGAAGAUAUUUGCAACUUUUAUAGCAUAAUAUUCUUUGCUUCAGGUUUGGGCUUUGUGUACAUAUAAAGUAAAGGCGGAAUUUGGUGAUAGUAGUUGUUCUUAGUUGGGUUGGGUUGGAUUUGGUAGGUGAAACUGACCAUAUACAGCUGGAGGGAUUGGCUGUCCCCACAAUUUUAAAUGCUUUGCGUGAAGAGGUGGGAGGAUUUAGGAGAGAUUUGGAAUUGCAGAAGAGCUUGUCGGCCUUGGUAGAAAGGUUGUGAGACGUGAAAUAUAGUAUUGGAUUCUUUGGUGGCACAUAGAAGUUUAGGUAGAUGUUGAAUAAAUCUGGUUCAUACAGCACAAAAUAUGUACAU